UAAACAUCAACAAUGGAUGUCCUACGACCGCCGACAGUUUGGGUUGCGGGCCGCUGCUACCGUGUUCUUAACCCUCAAACGGCAACUACCACUACUAAUUAUGCAGAGGCGGACGCAUACGGCUUUGGUGAGUGUACCAAAGGACAAUGUGUACCAGGAUGAGGUGGACUGCACCAAUGAUACAGACUUCACAGUAGAAGAAACAGGCAAUGGGAAGUUUCAGACUUCCUUUCCAGUUGCUAAUCCAUACAUUCCUUACUUGAUUGGAAGCAAAGGCUCUACCAAAAGUAGGAUAGAAAAAGAGACUUACACAACCCUCAAGUUCCCUGGGAAAGGACAAAAUGGAAAUGUUGUUGUGACCGGUAAGGAUGUAAGAACAGUGCGCCAGGCUCGCCUCAAGCUGGAGAUGUUGGUGGAGCAGGCACGAAAGAAACAGCCUUCCACUCAUUUCCUCUCCUUGCCAGUCAAUGCCCCUAACAUACAGGAGAGGUUCCUCGAGUUCAAGAAAGAGGUCUUGGAGAAGUGUGGAGACAGCCGUGGAGUAGUGGAGUCUUUAUUCCAGGAGGCAGCCAAGCUUCACCUGACUCUGUGUGUGCUGGUGCUGGCUGAUGACCGGGAGCGCCAGCAGGCUGUCGACACCCUCAAGCAGUGCCCAGAGACUGUUUUAAAGAAGCAACUUGGAGGUGAGAAGCUACGUUUGGAAAUGAAGGGUGUCGAGAUCAUGAAUGACGACCCAGGGGAGGUGCAUGUUCUUUAUGGACGAGUGAAUGCGCUCAGUUGGUCCCAUUCUAUCCAGGCUAUUGCUGAUUCUGUGGUGGGAGAAUUUGUCAAAGGAGGACUGGUGACACGGCAACAAGAGAGAGUCAAGCUGCAUGUCACUCUGAUGAACACAGCGUUUUGCAUGCAGAGCAAUGAAGAUAGUAGUGGUGUGACUAGCCAGACACGGGAAACAUUUUGUGCUAAAAACAUCUUGAAGGAGUUUGCUGAUUUUGAGUUUGGAGUGUUUGAAGUGGAAGAGAUCCACCUCUCCAUCCGCCACACAGGGAGCAGCACCAAGUACUACUCUGCUUCAGCAAAGAUUCCAGUCCUUCCAGAAGAAACUCCAUAGACCAACAAGUUCCACAAAGACUCAUAAAUAGAUUGUAUAAUUGGGGGUUACAAGAGAUCCUGCUGAGUAAGACCAUUUAUCUUUUCACAUUUUAACCGAUGAUAUUCCAUUGCUUUAUUGUUAUGUAAUGUGAAAUAUAUUGAAUGCUUGCCUGAGAAAAUGCUUGAAAUAUUUACUU